AUGAGUGAUCGGUUUGAGUGUGUCGUACAUCAUGGGGGUGUGUUUACUGAGUUCAAUAGGUUAGGUUAUGAUGGGUUAGAGGAGAUUUGGGGGGUUGACCCGGAUUAUUGGAGUUAUUUCGAGGUUAUGGAUAGUUUAAAAGAACUAGGGUACCCAAAAGUAGAUAGUUUGUGGUAUUACGAUGCAAUGGAUGACAAUGAGUUAGUGAUGUUGAAUGACGACACAGGAACAACUAGAAUGAAAGUUAUUGCAUUGAUUAAUGGGAAUGUGCAUCUAUAUGUCAUGCAUCCGGUUGAAGCAGAAGCUGAAGUAAUUAAUGAGGAUGUGGAUGAAUUGAAUAAUGCUGCUAUAGUAGGAACUUUUGAUGAGUUAGGGACCAUUGAAGACUUGAAUAACCUAGGUGACAAUGUUGAUGAAGGAGGGCCCACUGGUGUAGAAGAAUCAGCCAACCAAGAAGAUCCUUUUGGGGAAUUUAAUAAGGAUGGGACCACUGGGAACUCAAAUGAGAAUGUUAACUUUGAGGGGGACAUUGUGUCUGUUGAUGCUAUAGUGGAUAUCACUUUAGAUGGGACCACUGAGGCUGUUGAAUUUGACCAAAUAGCUGAGGGACUAGUUGGUAACCACAAUGAUACAGAAGGACUAAAUAGUAACAAGGAAUCUGAGGAGAAGGGCAAAGGUGCCAAGAAACCCAAAGUUGGAAGACCAAGAAAACAAAAGGUGGUGGAAGAGGAAGUUGAAGGUAAUGGUUUAUUUGAUGAUGAUUGUGAAGCUGAGGUUAAUAAACAGAACUUUAGAGGUUUGAGUGAUUCUGAGGAGUAUGAUACUGAUGAGUUACCACUUGACUAUGAUAGUGAAGAUGAUGAGGUUAUAAGAGAUGAUUUUCCAACUUUCAAACUUCCCAAAAAAAUGGAUGAUUACAAAUGGGAAUUAGGGACUUAUUUUGCUUCUAGUGAAGACUUUAAAGAAGGAAUUAGAACUUAUGCCAUACACUCAGGUAGAAAUCUCCAAUUUAAGAAAAAUGAUAGCAAGAGAAUGAGAGUCAUAUGUAAGCAAGGAUGUCCAUGGGAGUCAUAUUGUGCAAGAUUAGCAGACAAAAAGACAUGGCAGCUGAGAAAGAUUGUUGACAAUCACACAUGUAGCAGAGACUAUAAGGUUAGGUUUUUGAAUUCCAAAUGGUUGGGCAAAAAAAUUACCAGUACUGUGAGAGAGAAUCCUGACUUGAAGCUGAGGGAUAUCAUGGAGAAAACAAAACAAAAGUGGAAUAUAGGGAUCAAUAAGACACUUGCAUACAGAGCUAAGUCAAUUGCAGUUGACAUUGUAGAUGGUUCUUUUAGGGAUCAAUAUACAAGAAUCCAUGAUUAUGGACAUGAGCUUUUAAGGUCCAACCCUGGUUCAACUGUGGUUAUUAGUAGUCAACCUUGCCAACCAAGUCAAGGUGGAGAGGACAACACUGAGAAUAUUGAUAGGCCUUUGAAUCCACACUUCCAAAGGAUGUAUAUCUGCUUCAAAGCUUGCAAGGACAGUUUCUUCAAGUGUAGACCUAUUAUAGGUUUGGAUGGAUGUUUUUUGAAAGGCUACUAUGGGGGACAAAUCCUUGCAGCAAUUGGGAGGGAUCCUAAUGAUCAAAUGCUGCCCAUAGCAUAUGCUGUAGUUGAGGGAGAAACCAAAGAAUCUUGGAGCUGGUUUUUGGAAUUAUUAACAACUGAUUUGGGAGGUGUCAGAAUAUGCAAGACAUACACAUUUAUAAGUGAUCAACAGAAGGGUUUGUUACCUGCACUUGAAGAGUUGCUACCAGGAGUUGAUCAAAGGUUUUGUGUUAGCAAUUUCAAGAAGAAGUUUCCUGGUGUCAAAUUAAAGGAGUUGAUGUGGAAGGCUGCCUAUGCAAGUCAUCCAAAUGCUUGGGAGAAAAUUAUGAGACAGAUUAAAGAUGAGAAUCCAGAUGCCUUUAAUCACAUUUGGAAGAUCCCACCUAGGUUUUGGAGUAAAUCAAUGUUUAAGAGUGGUCCAAAAUGUGACACUUUGGUGAAUAAUAUGUCUGAAGCAUUUAACUCUGUCUUUGUAACUGCAAGAGCCAAGCCCAUUGUGACUAUGCUUGAAGAGAUUAGGGUGUAUCUGAUGAUGAGAUGGGAGUCUAACAGGAAAAGGAUUGCAAAAUAUAAUGAUACUAUUCUGCCCAAUAUCAGAAAGCAGUUGGCAAAACAAUCUCAGCUGACUAACUAUUGGAUGGUUAGGCGUGCAGGUGAGGUAGAAUAUGAGGUUAGGCACAUAACAAUCAUAGAAGAAAAGUAUUCUGUGAAUCUGUCAAAGCAUGAAUGUUCAUGUAGAAUAUGGAUGCUGACUGGGCUACCAUGCUGUCAUGCAUAUGCAUGUUUGAAGGAUCAACGAUUAGAAGUAGAUGAUUUUGUUCCUGAUUAUUACAAAAAGGAGUGCUAUGAAGCAUGCUAUACUCCUGUGAUAUAUCCGGCCAAUGGAGCUACUCUUUGGACCAAGACAGAUGCUGCUGACCUACAACCACCUCCUAUAAAAAGACAACCUGGUAGACCCAAAAAGAAAAGGAACAAAGAGGCUGGGGAACAAGUAAGAAGUGCAACACAGCUUAAAAGGGCAAAGUUUGGCAUCAAGUGUAGUAGGUGCAAUAAGGAUGGCCACAACAAGGCCACUUGCAAGUUGCCACCAACUGUGACUACUACUCCAUCAAGCCAACAAACUGAGACAACUACUCCACCAAGCCAACCAGCUGCAACCACUGCUCCAUCAAGCCAACCAGCUGCUACCACUGCUACACCAACUACAAAUGUUUCUUCUGCUACACCAACAACAAGUUCAUCUCAACAACCACCCAAAAAGAAAAAGAGACUUCAAAAGGGUCCCAAAAAGCAAGUUGCAAGUCAGCCCUAA